AUGUCCUGCGCCGCCAACUACGUCCUCUGCCCGCAACCCAACAUCCCCUCCAACUUCUGCUGCCCCACCGACACAACAUGCAACCUCCUCGCGGGCGGCACAACAGUGCUCUGCUGCCCGUCCAGAUCCAGCUGUGAGCGGAUCGCGCCCAUCGUGUGCAACGUCUCGCUGAUGGACGCCGAGACUGAUCCGGAGUCGACUGUCAAGACCACUGCGCUGAAUAGCACGCUUGCUGCCUGCGGUGGGACGACGUGUUGUCCGUUUGGGUAUGAUUGUGUUAGUAAUGGUGAUCCGGAGGCGAAUGGGGGGUUUGGGGAGUUGUGUGUUGUGAAGAAGGAUCAGUCGGUGAAGCCGCCGGUGCGGAGCGAGACAGCAACGGGAUCGGGGUCACGGCCGCCGCCGACGACGGCGACGAGCGAUACGGGAGUGCCUGGACAGAGCACGACGAUGACGGGCUCGAGCGUGGAGACGACAGCUUCGAGUGUGGAAACGACCGCCUCGAGUCCGGAGACCACGGCGACCGAAACAAGACUCAGUGAUACCGCCGCUACGCCUUCGCCAUCUCGGACAUCUGGUCGAAACACCGCAAACCCCAGCAAUGGCGCCGAUAACCUUAAUAACUCAUCACCCAGCGACGAUUCCUCAUCCACCGCGGCCACAGACAAUAAUACACUUCGCAUCGUCAUCCCCGUGGUGGUCUGCGUUGUUCUCGCGUGUUUCCUCGCAGGGGGUAUUUGGGCCUGGAAACGAAGGAGGACACGACAAAACAAGAAACGGGCCUCUCAAACUCGCUUCGAGAAAGUCGAGUUAGACGCCGAGGGCUGUGAAAUCAUUGGGAAAGGCGUGAGGCAUGAAUUGGCCGGGAGAAGAAGUGUUAAGCACGAAUUAGAAGUGAUAAUGGAUCCUGUGGAGCUCCCGGCGUCGCCCAUCCCCAGGGCAAAGGCUAGAGUGUAG